AUGGACAACUCUACAAAUCUUUGUAUGUCAAACAAAAUCUGUUUCUUUGCAUUUAACAAGGAGAAAGAAAUAACUGACUCAAGGGAAAGGGAAACAUGGUGGAGGGAGUCCCUCAGGCCAACGCCAAUUCCUGGGUCUUAUCGAGUCCGAGACUUUCUUCAAGAUGCUCAGCUGAACCCAGUGAAAGCAACAUAUAAUUUUAAAGGUGAAGGCAGAAAGAGACUCUCUAUCUACCAGCAGAUGCCUGAUCUGACACUACCAGAUACCUUCAAAUUCAUCCCUCCUUCAUUCGUGGAACUAGCAGAGAAAAGGCCAGCAACAUAUUCUUUUAAGAGCACUUCAAGGCAAAGUCCUACCAGAACAUGGCUUCAAGAUAAGAAUAUAAGCACUGACCCUGGACAGUAUGAUCUUUUUCCUCCUCUAGUUCCCACUUUUCCAUCCAAGAAUUAUAUGUUUCGAUCUGCAGUUCAAAGGUUUCCAACUUUUAGCCCGAAAGAAGGUCCAGGCCCAGGUGACUAUGAAAUAAGGGAAAGGCCACCUCUGCCUAUUCAGUCAUGCUUUGUCUCAAAAGUAUCACGUCUGCUACCAGCCCAUACUAAAGUACCAGGUCCAGGAACUUACUGGCCUACAAGGCAGACUCCAAAACAGCCGAGAACUAUUGCCAGCCUGGGCCGGGAGCACAGUAUCUUCUUCAGCAAUAUCCAUGAGAUUUAG